ACACACACACACACACACACUUAUAACGUACACACGGCGGGUCCUCGCUGCAACAGCCGGGACCAAACUACACCUAACAUGAGGAAUUUAAAGCAGAGAGAAGACUUUUAAACGAGGGAGCUUGUGUACGCGGAGGACCCCCCCCCCCCCCUUUGGCCUGGAAGUCUCGGGCCGUGGAUCUGGUCUUGUUGCUGGGAGGAGACCACACUCCCUCCCGCUAGCGCCCGUUAGCAUUGUUAGCUCUCUGGCUAUGAUGCGUCGCUGCUGGUUGUGUACUCUCUACACGGCGCGCCACUGUACAACGAGGCAGGCCUUUGGUUAAGUGUUUUACCCGGACUACUCCCUAACCCCCUUUGCCCCCUUAUCCCCCUUACCCCUACCCCCCCCUCCCUCUCCUCUCCCUCCCACGGAACCGACCGGGGCCACUCGGGAACACACCGCACCUUUCAAGGAUGGACGUGGAUUUGUGCGCCGGCGGAGACGGCACCAGGAGAAAAGUGGAUUUGGCCGGGGUCGCAGAAGGCACGAUGGACGUCGUGCCUUUGGAGAUGUACGACUCGGCCAGAGCGAAAAUAGCUGCCAACCUGCGGUGGCUGUUUGCCAAAGCCUAUGGCAUUGAACAUAUUCCAGAGGAUUUAAGGGACCCGUUCUACACGGACCAAUAUGACCAGGAACACAUCAAGCCCCCCGUCAUCCGCCUGCUGCUGUCCUGCGAGCUCUACUGCCGAGUCUGCGCCCUCAUCCUUAAGACGGAGCAGGCGGCGUCUCUGCAGUCCCACCUGUCCGUCAUCCAGGCGCUGUCCAGAAAGGGCAUUUACGUCGUGGAGAGCGACGACACGCCCGUCACCGAGGAGGACCUGGCCUGCAUGCCCAUCAAAAUGAGCGCCCACAUGCCGAUGAUCGACGCCCUGAUGAUGGCCUACACGGUGGAGAUGAUCAGCAUCGAGAAAGUGGUGGCCUCCGUCAAGCGCUUCUCCACCUUCAGUGCCUCCAAGGAGCUGCCCUUCGACCUGGAGGACGCCAUGGUCUUCUGGAUCAACAAGGUGAACACAAAGAUGAGGGAGAUUGCAGAAAGGGACCACAAAGUAAAGCACCACCCGCUGGAGUCUCCCAGCCACCAGAAGUCUCCCUCCAAAUGGUAUUGGAAGCUAGUCCCUGUGCGGUAUCGCAGGGAGCACGCGUCAGGCCGACAGCUGCCCUUCUUUCCACUUCUGGUCGACCUGAUGCGGGACGUUUGUGACGGGGCGGCGCUGCUCACCGUGGUCCAUUACUACUGUCCCGACCUCAUGAAGCUGGAGGAUAUUUGCCUGAAGGAAGUUCCCUCCAUCGCUGACAGCCUGUACAACAUUCAGCUGCUCAGAGAGUUCGCCAGCGAGUAUCUGAACAAAAGCUUCUAUCUGACAACGGAGGACAUGCUGUACGCGCCGCUCGUGCUCAAGCACAACGUGAUGGUGUUUAUCGCUGAACUCUUCUGGUGGUUUGAGACGGUCAAGCCAGAGUUUGUCCAGCCCAGAGAUCUCCAAGAGCUGAAAGACGCUCGAGCUGUAGCUCAUCCCAAGAGUGCCCGUCCAUCAGUGCCCAUCUCCAACGCCACCAAGCGCAGCUUCCUGGCGAGUCCCGGCGCCGCCGACAACCAGAGCAGCCCCGAAGUCUGUAACAGGUACUUCCUGCACCCUGAAGACUCUGACCCCCUUAAAGGGGGACCAAACUUCAGUCCCUCCCACCCACUCCUGCCCCUGCGACAGAGACAACAGAAGCAGCAAGGGGAGGACGCUGCAGGUCUGAGAAACCGGUCAAACUCCCUGAGUCAGAUGGACGGACAACAAACCAGAGGCUCCGUCGUAGCUUGGCCCGAAAAGAGGCAGAGACCACUGUCCACGUUGAGCCCCUUCAUGUUGCAUUCAGCGACCGACAGCGACGCCGACAUCGCGUCCGGCGACAGCGUGAGUCUGGCCCGUUCGAUCAGCAAGGACAGCCUGGCCUCCAACAUCACCAACGCCACUCCCAAACACCAGACGUCUGUCCACCAGCCGCCGCACGGUGCGGCGCGCAGAGUCAACGGCCACAGCCUGCUGGACAAUGUCAACAUUGAGGCUGAGGAGGAAACUCUGGUGACAGUCGCCAGGAGCGACGGCCCCGGUGUCCUCAAACGGGCCGACGGGACGCAAGCGACUGCCUCAGCUAAACCCAAACCUUCCACUGACUCCAAACCUGCACCCGAUAGCUUUUACCUAGAACCACUAAUGCCUGCCGUCCUCAAGACGGCCAAAGAAAAGUCUGUAUGCCUAAACAAGGAGGAGGAGAGCGGCGAGGUGCCCCAGUCGGCAGGAAGGGGUUCUUUACGACGGGGAGAUGGGUCUUCGUUGACCGUUCGUAGGAAAACCCCCAGCAACCUGAACCAAACGUUUACCCCUUCGGGCGAGGGAGAAGACUCGUCAGAGGAGCCACUGGAAGGUGGUUUCAGGCCUGUGGUCACCAGCAGUGUGGACCCCUCAUCCAGGGAGCCGGCUGAGGGUUUCUACUUGCAUUCGGAUUCUGACGAACCGCAGGCCGGCCAAGACCUGGACCCCGAGCUGGAGGACCUGGAUGAGGAAGAAGAGGAUUUAGACGAAGCGGUAACAGCUAAAGACACAAACUGGCCCAGGAAGGCCUUCAACGAUGAGGAUGAAGAAGAAGAAUCAGCCAAACUCCAAGAAGACAUGAAUGUUAAGGAGCAUGAGGACAAGGACAUGAACGGGGGCAGCGGCCGGUCCAGUCCUUGCCUCAGCACGCACUCCCAGGCCAGCAGCAUGGCCAGCGGCAGCGUGCGCAUGACCUCCUUCGCCGAGCGCAAAGCUCAGCAGCAGCGCUUCGGCAGCAACCACGACCUACGCUCCAGUGCCUCCAGUUCCCAGAGGACCACCCCGGAUGGAUCAGAGAGCAGCGGGCCCCUGGCCUCAUCGUGGAGGCUCAAAAGAGACCAGAGCCCGUCCUCCCCGCUGGGAGGAUGCUCUCGGACGGGCGACGGCGGCGGCGGCGGGGGUGGCGGUGGCGCACACGUGCUGGCGUCUGAACUGGUCCACCUCCGCAUGCAGCUGGAAGAGAAGCGACGCGCCAUCGAGCACCAGAAGAAGAAGAUGGAAGUGUUGUCGGCGAGGCAGCGGCAGAAGCUGGGGAAGGCGGCUUUUCUGCACAUCGUGAAGAAAGGCGCAGGGAAGAGCGACACGCUGCCCAACCCGCUCAAAGCCGACAUCUCCAAGGACGAGCUCAACGGGGAGAAGGCACCUUCGAGCAAAGACGAUAUGUGCGUCGGAGUGAAGGAGCUGGAGGGGACGGCGCCCACCGGCACCUUAGAACCAGACAAGAAAGACAACAACGGCAGCUUCUAUUUGGAAGAAGAGUUGGACCUGAACGAGUGCAGCCGCUCCAUCGAGCUCCUGAACGACGCCAUCGGCAGCAUCCAGCAGCAGAUGAUGCAGUUGUCUCUGCAGCAGGAGAUGCUGAUGAAGCAGAAUGUACAGUCUCCUUCUGGUGCCGCCCACCACCACCCUCCUCCUCCUCCUCCUGCUCCUCAACCCGGAGACAAAAACAACGACUCCAAGACGGGGACGAGCUUCCACUACGUGGAGCAUCUCUCUGGAUCUGGAACCGCCCCCACCAGAAAACCCCCCAAGCUGAGCUCCGGGAGGAGCUCCCGGUCCAAACCGUCGGAGCUGAAGAUCGCGAAGGAGCAGAGUCGCCAGGCCUCCAGGACCCUCACCCCCACCCAGAGCCAGGUACCCGGGGGCCGGUCCCCCAGGGCCGAGCAGCCCCACAGCCCCAGAAACCCCGCGGCGCCAGAGACGAUCGACAGGCCGGGAUCGGGGCACAUCCGGAGCGCCACCUUCAGGCUCCACGACGAAGCCAACAUGCGCCUGCCGACCCGGGUGGACCCGUCGUCCGUGGCCGCCCCCGAAGUGACCUUGGUGGACGAGUGUCGGUCCAGCUCCCUGAGAGAGUCUGAGCUCAACUCCUCAGACGGCUCAGGGAAGGAGAACAUACCGUCAGAGGAGAUGCAGCGCAGCAAAGCCCACCUCAUAGAGGUCGACCUGUCUGAGCUCAAGGCUCCCGAGGACGAGGACGCUGCAGGAGACAGGACGACGGACGGAGGCGACGCAGAGAAGUCAGUCAUGGGUUUCUUCUUCAAGGACGAGCAGAAAGCGGAGGAUGAACUUGCCAAAAAGAGAGCGGCGUUCCUGCUGAAGCAGCAGAAGAAAGCUGAGGAGGCUCGACUCCGCAAACAGCAGCUAGAAGCAGAAUCCGAGCUCAAACGAGACGAGGCCAGGCGGAAGGCUGAAGAGGACCGGCUGCGUAAAGAAGAGGAGAAAACGCGGCGGGAGCUGAUAAAGCAGGAGUAUCUGCGGAGGAAACAGCAGGAGAUGUUUGAGGAGCAAGGCCUCGUGAAGCCUAAAACCCCAAAACCCAAACAGAAACACAAGCCCAAGUCUGUCUUCAGGGAGGAAUCCUCCAGCGAUACUUUCUCCAAGUGCUCUUCCACGCCUGACAACCUGAGCAACGCCCAGUCAGGCUCCAGUCUGUCUCUGGCCUCUGCUGCCACCAACGAGGCCGACAGCGUCAACUCCGGAGGGGCUGGAUCCCAGCGCUGUGACUCGGUGGAGUCGUUUCCAGGAACUCGUAACAACAGUCGGACGGCAGAGAGAGACUGGGACAACGGCUCCACGGCUUCAUCCAUCACUUCCAUGGCUGAAUACACCGGUCCAAAACUGUUCAAGGAGCCGAGCGCCAAGUCAAACAAGCCGAUCAUACAUAAUGCAAUCUCUCACUGCUGCCUGGCUGGAAAAGUCAACGAGCCCCAGAAGAACCAGAUCCUAGAGGAGCUGGAGAAGUGCGAGUCCAACCACCUGAUGAUCCUGUUCCGUGACGGCGGCUGCCAGUUCCGUGCUCUUUACUCCUACUUCCCCGACACGGAGGAGAUCCACAAGCUGACGGGCACCGGCCCCAAGAGCAUCAGCAAGAAGAUGAUCGACAAGCUCUACAAGUACAGCUCGGACAGGAAGCAGUUCACCGUCAUCCCCGCCAAGACCGUGUCGGUCAGCGUGGACGCGCUCACCAUCCACAACCACCUGUGGCAGGCGAAGAGAGGAGCGGCGCCGAAGAAGAGCGGGAAGUAAAAAAAAAAACAAUCAUCUAAAACCACAUCCCGCUCGUUUCCCCUGAACAAGGGAACAGGUUUUAUUAGACGUCUGAGGAACUGGUGCUCGCAACUGAAACACAAUCUGCUUCUUCUUCUUCUUCUUCUUCUUCUUCCUCCUGCCGUCGGUUCAGGUGAAUUAUUCUUAUUUUUUAACCACAACUCAAGCAGCAUGUGGCGCUUCUUCUUCUUCUUCUUCUUCUUUUUACGUGGUGGAUGUUCAUUUUUACAUGAAGUAUUUAUUAGUUCAGCACUGUCCUGAUGGAGAGACACUAAACCCCCCCCCUCCUUUUUAUUUGGGACGGGUUCUGUAAAGGGGGCGGGGGGGAACCCUUUAGGACCUGAACCAUCUCUUCCUCGGAUCUCGACGAGCUGCUCUGAACCGUCGUCUUCUUCUUCUUCUACGACGUCCGUCUGCCUUUUUUUUUUUUUUUUUUUCGCGCAUCGUGGUACAAACGUCUAUUUAUUCAAACGCUUUUUAACCUAGAAAUCGUGUAGCACUGGAUGUGUGUAAUGUAAGAAGAGAAAAAACAAACAUUUUAAACACUUUUAAUUUGUCGGGAGACGGUGAAUGAUGCUUUGGUACAGAAAUGAUGCUUCUUUUUUUUUUUUUUGUGGUGGUUUAGAGUCGGAGCUCGUACGUUAUGUGUUUUUCAUCACGACAGAAAGUCUCUGAUGUUUAGAGCUUAGCUGUGUUUCCUCCGUCUUCACCGGACACUCCUGAACUGUCCCGUGUUAAAGGUGCACUCAUGAACACUCGCCCACGGCUUCUGUCAUGCAAUGUAACUCCCCCACUCCUCCCCCUUCCUCACCCCCUCCCUCACCCCCUCCCUCGCUGAAAUGUCCACGUCCCGUCUUCAACCGCGGAGGCGACACCUGUUGGAACGACAGUAUUUCAUAUUCUCCAUGAAGCGGUUUCCUGUGUGUGGGAUGGGGGGGUUGUUAUGUACCAACAUUAAAGAACAUUCCUCCGAGGUGUUGACAAAAAAAAAACAGCACUGCCACAUCGUCUCUUCUUCUUCUUCUUCUUCUUCUUCUUCUUCUUCUUCUUCUUCUGUCCUUUUUCCAGGAAUCAAAGUGCUUUGUUCUUGUGUUCGUUUUUUUUAACAGGAACUAUUCUUUGGCCUCGAGAACAACCAGAAGUGUUGCACGAGCACUUUACUUUGUUUGUUUGUUUGGGGGAUUAUUUUACUUUUUAAAAACUAGAAAACAUUAAAAAAAAAAAAAAAAAGACGAAGAUAGAAAAACCACUGCUGUUGUUCGCUCCGUGAAAAGCGUGGAGACUAAACCAGACGCUAAGAUUUAAUUGGAACUGACAUGAUGAUACUACAUGAUGAUACUACUGCUACUGUCUCCAGAAAUAUACUUGAUUUGUCAUUUGCUGCA